GCUUGAAAAAGUUUUGCAGGGUGUUGUUGGUUGUUGGCUGUUGGCUGGUGACUGAUGGCUGUUCGGUGGACCGGAGAACACAGGAGAAACCCCGAGAGUGCAUGCAACGUUGCAGGGAGCCUCAAAACUGAGACUGCGGUCCCAGAAUGUUACUACUGUAGCCAGAGGCACGUCCGCACAGAGCCGCACAGUUGAAGGAGGUAGCAGUUGUAGUGGAUUGUUGUUGGCCUGCCAUCGCUUUAUUUGCUAAACCAUGAAGACUUUCUCACCAGUGAAAGUGGAGGGCAAGGUGGGAUCCCUGACACUCCAUCAACAGGCGGUUGUAUUCAAAUCGAAAGCCUUGCAGAUGGAGACAUCGUAUCCCUGGACGUCCAUCAAGAAACACAUGAUCAAAUCAGUUGGUGAGGAAAAGCACAUGCUGAAGAUAUUGCUGUUGGAUGAGAGCUCUGUGGUUAUGCAUGUCCGCACCAGAGAGCGACUGGAAGAGAUCAAGGCUGAAAUUGCCAAUGUCAGAAAAAGAACGAGCCUGAAUGGGACAAGUCCUGGUCAAGUAGCUGCUGAUGCUUCUACUACAGCGCCCCAAAAUGAGCCGGCAUCAUCAGCACAAGAACGUGGCAGCACCCCUACCAAAAAAAGCUUUGAGCAACAACAUCCUCUGCAGCCAACCAUUCAAAAAAACAAGUCCAAACCGCUGUACCCACCACCGCAACUAGCAAGCCGCCCCGAUUUUGAGACUCCAGAAAUUAGACAAUUGCAGCAAUUUGCCCCUACCAGUACAUCACUCAAAACACCACCUCAAGACAAGAAACGAGAACAAACGAAUGCAAAGGCUGUAAAAUCGAUUCCUGGCGCACACAGAGUGUCCCAUUCUGCCAUGAAUCAAGAUCAGACCAGCAAUCAUUCCAAGGGACCCACAGCUGGCAGCAGUUCCACCCUGAUUUUGGACUCUGAGGGCGAAGCGAGCGACGAAUUCAGUAGUGCUAUUCCUACUAGUAGGGAGAGACAGCAGCAAGGCACAAGUCCUCCCAACAGAGCACGGAGGAACUUGGCCGAUACAAACAACCUCCCCGUGAACUCUGCUAGGAGGACACAAAGUAUGGGUCAUGGUCACUCAGUGCCCGCAACUUCGAGGCUAAGAGCUUCGACCGGACGGCUGAUGAGCGACUACAGCGCACCCAGCAACAAUGGGAGGAGAACGUCGCGUUCGCCGAACCGCGGAAGAGCCAAGCGAGUCACAUCGGUCGGAGAUUCUCCACCGAGACUGGGUCGCCACUCGUCGUCAGCGAUGGAGCGUGCAAAAGGUCCCAUGCAACGGCAACGAUCAAGUCCCACCCGAACCAGGCGCGGUGUUCGAACAGUUUCCUCCGGAUCAGCCAUGAAGGACCAAUCAGACCGGUCGUCCGGUCAAUCAUCAUCGAUUCGCAGGAACGCCAGCUGCACAAACUUUGAUGAUGAUUCGAUGGAAAACGACGAUUCAGACUUUAUGAACUCGGUUUUGCAAGAACGACAAGACGCUGUGCUACAUCCAACAGCCCGAAGGACCCAAUCCGUUGCCGUUGCACCAUCAUCAACGGCUCGAUUGAAUAGAGCUGAAACGGCUCCGGUGCCACAAUCGGCAAAGCCGCAACCUCAACGUGAUGGGGCCCAACGAUCGACAUCAAGGCAGCCUUCAUCAUCAUCAUCAUCGACAACGACUCCAUCUCGCGCCAGAAACAAUGGCAGCAAUGAGGCUGGUGUCACUACUACUACAGAAUCAACCGUUGCACCACAACAAGAGGGCAUGACAUUGACAGAGGUGUUGGCUUCAUCAGAAACGUUUGCAUUCGUGAAUCAGCCAGAUCCAAUUCCCUUUCAGGCUGAUCCCUUUUAUUCUGGCAUUCCUGGCGCUGUGUGUGUUGGCGGAGAUUCUGCUGGUGCUGAUGACGAAGCAAUCGAAGACAGCGUUCAUGAGGGAGAUUCGCAGGCAGUGGGCAGGCCUCUGUCGGAAGUGGAAAGAACUGAAACAGGUGACGUUCUAAUCGAAGCUCACUUGGUGGAAGAAAGGAGCGUCGACUCCAGUGUUCACAACGACAAUAAUGCCGUGGAUGUGGAAGCGAGCCUUAUGUUCAACGAUGUUGUGGAAGCGAGUCCCAUGAAAGAACCGAAAGAGAUCGGGUGCAGAGAUGUUUGGAAGAGUCGAAAAGUUCUUCAAUGCAUUAUACCUGUACUGCUGUUGUUUCUGUUGGUUGCCGUUAUUGCCAGCGUGAUCCUGGCUGUGACACUACCAUCGGACGGUGACACAAACCAAAACAACAAGACUGAUGGACAGGAUCCAGUGGUUCAAGACACCCCGCCCCCAACAACUUUCGUGCCUACUUCCACGACCCCGGUGCCUGCUUCCGCACCAACAAUGCCAGUCGAGGUCGAACCCUUCCUCGUCAAUGCAUAUGAUGGCAAACUUCCCGAGUACACCUUGGUGGCCUUGGAAGAUCGGCAAUCACCACAAUCAAGGGCGCAGCAGUACCUUGCGAGUAACCGCAGAAUAGAGUCGACAUCAGCCAGUGGGAUCCGAAAGGAAUUUGGUCUUGCGUCAUUUUUCUACGCAACCAAUGGUGACACUUCGUGGACCAACAAUGACUUCUGGCUAAAACGAACUGUCAAUCCCUGCAACUGGUAUCAGGCUGCGACUCCUUGUCCUGGUGGCAAAGGUGCAAUCGGCACUUUGAGUCUUCCAAGCAACAACCUAGAAGGCACAGUGCCACCAGAGUUAUUCUACUCCAUGUCAUCUCUCAGGGAAGUUGAUUUGUCAGACAAUGCAGCCAUCACGGGUCCCCUGCCAAGUGAUAUUGGUGCCCUGACCAUUCUGGAAUAUCUAAACAUUUCCCAAAGCUCCAUAUCUGGUGCAAUUCCAACAGAGACAGGAAUGUUGACCAAGUUGCGCAGCCUUGAUUUGAGUUCCACGUUGUUGACUGGAACUCUUCCCACCGAGUUGGGAUUGCUCACUAGCCUCACACUUUUGUCUGUUGGCAACAAUGGCGGCUUAAUUGGCAGAAUCCCACGACAACUUGAAAACUUGCAAAACCUUCUAUAUGUUGACUUGUCAUCUACAGGCCUUUCUGGCCCCCAAAACCCUUUUUGCAAUAUGCUCCAGCAAGGAUUGCAGCUGAAAUACGACAACAGCGGGAUUGCUGCUUGUCCGGGCUAAUGUGGUAACAGGCAACGAAUCUUUGAUACUCUUGACCAGCGACUUGGAGUAGGCACUGGGGGCAAGGAAUUGCGGCUUUGCCAUGCUGUUCACAAGGGGGUCUUUGACAAGUUUACCACUGACAAGGUAAAGCCAACCACAGGUGUGUCAUUUCCACUUGAAACUGGCAGAAGGGCUUGUUGCGUAGCAUCUGAAUACUGCGAAAGUUAGUUGAAGAAGGAAGGGUCAAGGCCACACCUCUAGGUACCAAGUUGUGUCGGUCGAGUGGGCAACUUAAAAAGUUUGUCAUAUCAACGUUUCGAAAUGGAAACCGCAUCCCCGAAGAUUGUCUCCCUUUCACGGUUGCAAAAUAUUGAUAACACAAGGCUAGUAGUGCGACAAUACCAUUGUGCAUUGACUAGUCUAAGGAUCUAAGAGAUGUAAAGUUUGUAUUUCCAAAUAAGUGAGCAGUUAUUGAUUA